AUGUUUAAAACAACAGUCGCGGUAAAGUUAGGUGUCCAAGAAUCAGAUCUUCCACUAUAUCAGUGUCAUUUAUACAGGGUUUUCGAUGCAGCUGCCUAUGAUGGAGGUAACCUUAUCUGGCCCCAUAGUUACCAUCUUACUCCUGAAGAAGUUCUCGCAUACCGAUUCUUUCGCCCUGGUGUGGCUUAUAGCUACCUUGAACCUCAUGGCCUUGACCACAUUGGGUACUCGGAGCUUCAAGUUGCCACCCCUCACGUUUAUUAUCGAGAACCCGCUAAACACAAGGAUAUUUUGGCUGAGCGCGCCAACAUUAAUAUCCCAGACUUCCUCCCUCUACCUGUCGAGCUUACGCAUAAAGUGCUGUGUUAUCUACCUGGUACCGAUAUCAUAGCCCUUAGUAAAAUGAAAUCGUUUAAAACCUUGCAGGUCCCCGACUUCGUUUGGAAGUCACAAUUUGAUCUAGGAGCAGAGCUGGGCUUCCUAGUACAGCCCCAUUUCAUGACAGAUGGGGCUGAAACUACCUGGCAGGCAAAAUAUCUUUUCACCAAAAAAAUCAUAUCCGAAAAUUACAGAUCGGCCGCAAACCUAAAGAGAAGAUGGGAUAUCUUUGCCAGUCUCGUACAUAAGCUACGUGAUACAGAUAAUUGCGACGAAGCCAAUAUAUACGACUUAGAUCCUGAAGGUCCUGCUAGGGAAUUUGGGUAUAAUGUUGACCAGGAUCAAGCCCUUGUUUGCCAAAGUUUGCCGCAAAAACUGCAUUCGGGCGAUACAAAUGGGACAUUGCAUUCUGAAGGUGUGAAAAUCCGAGCAGACGGGAAUCUUAAGCGCUUCGUAACCACAGGCAUGUAUGUUUCGUAUACAGGUGCCGGCAAAUUAAGAUUCGUCAGUGGGUUUCGAUUUCUUCCUGGCGGGGAGAAGCUGGGACUGAUCAACCCUGAAGAUGAAGAAUACAUUCAUUUACAAAUGGCUAUGGCUAGCACACAAGUGAUAUGGGUUGCAACAUCUAAAUACGGGAUACGUAGUAUUACAGUCGUACCCAGGGGGGUCGACUACUUAUUCGAAAAUCUUGAAGAUGCGUAUGUCAAUCGAAAAAUGCUUAUCAUAAAGCCGGAAGGUAUUGAAAUUUCGAAAUUCGCUAUCACAGUUGGACUCUCCGAAAUUACCAGUCUUUGCAUUUAUAGUCCAAACUUUAUCAACGGUGGAGACUUGGACCGGCAGGAAUGGUUUAUUCAGCGGUACUCAUGGUCGCCGACCAUCCCUCCUAUAUUCUCAAAACAUCGGAUGGAUAUAAAUCAUGACUCAUUUUGUGGUCAUCUAAACUAUAUCACGGAGCGGGCAAGACACGAAGCAGCAUCUUUAGAUCAUAUUGUGUUUGCGAAUUUAAGUGUCGUCCGUUUCACUUGUUGGCUAGGAACCCGUUUGGAAAUCUGCGGGAUAGGCGUAUUUAUAGAAGGAAAAGAAGCACCUUUGGUUAUAGGCGCAAAGACCGAGUUUUCAACAGAUGCAGCCAUUGAGAAAGAUGAAGCUAUUAUAUCUUUGGAGCUUCUUAUUGGAGGGAAAGACUCUUUACCCGUAGGACUAUCUGUGCGCACAGAUAGAGGCGUUGCGUUCCACUUUAUGAUUCCAAACCUACCUCAAAAACCUCGAAAGCACACGCUAGAUGUUGGAAAAGACAAGGAGAUUGUGGGUAUCUUUGCAGGAUUUGACGGUUCAUUGUCGAAUAGUCCAAUCGUUCAACUUUUGGCACUUGGUACAAUAAGCUCCGGGCGUAGAAGCCUCCAUACUGUUGAAACAGAGACAAGGGCCCGAAAGACACCCUCCAACCCGCAGCUUCGCCUAUGGAAUGAAUCAAUCGAUGGACCUUGCCCAAAAGAUAUAUUAUUGAAUGACAAACAUCAUCUAGGAUAUUUUAUCUCUACAGCUCCACUUGCCAAUUGCAAAUCCUUGGAAUGCUAUGUUCAAGACAAUCACUAUGGAUAUUGUAUCACCGGAAUCUGUCUAAGUUAUGGGAAAGAGGCCGAUUCGCCUCAACAAUGCCCCGCAGUCCUAGGGCAUCUAUCUAGUACCGCUACAAAAAAUAUUUUCGAAAUUGAGGCCGACCGAGGAGAGUAUAUAGUGGCAGUUGACGUUUACAUCAGAAAAAUAAAACUUGCUCCAAACCUCGAGUUUUCACUCGCGGUAGUUGGAAUUGUCUUUUGGACAUCGAGUCGGCGGAAAAUCAGUUGUGGGAAGUGCCAGGCUGAGUAUGCGAGCAAAGUUCUUCCUUUGAGAACUAGCAUAGAGGAAGAUUUUGUUCUCAAGUGGAUCUAUUCGAGAAACAUCGACUAUCUCACGAACGUAAAGGAGUUUUAG